AUGGAAGGGUCUUUGGAGUACAAGACAACCUUGGGUUUCAAUAAACCUCAGCAGUUGCACAAAAACACGAUAUGUGAGGAACAUCCUGAAAAUCCAAAUAGAAUUGAUGUAUGUCGACAUCUUCUAGUAGAAAGCGGUCUGAUAGGAGAAUGCCAAGAAAUCGAUACAUUUCCUUCUCUGGACGAUUUGGAUCUGCGUCAAACGCACGCCGAAGGUCACGUGAAUAGGCUAUUGAAAGAGGCAAUAUCCAUGGACCAAAGCUCAUUGAAUCAAUUAUGCGAAGACUACGACUCUGUGUUUAUGUCUCCGGGUUCAGUCGAAGCUGCGAAAUCAGCUGUUUCGUGUUGUCGUUGGUUGGCCGAGAAUAUCGUUGAGAAUAAGAUUCCCAAUGCAUUUGCCCUUGUCCGACCACCAGGACACCACGCUAAUCGUUAUUCGGCUUGUGGUUUCUGCUUAUUUAAUAACGCAGCACAAGCUGCAGAAGCAGCAUUUAACUUUGGAGCCGAUAGGACUCUAAUAGUUGAUCUUGACAUUCAUCAUGGACAAGGCACCCAGCAGAUAUUCUACGAGGAUAAGCGUGUGUUGGUUUUCUCAAUACAUCGUUAUGAAGACGGAAAGUUCUGGCCGCACUUGAGAGAAUCAAAUUACGAUCAUGUUGGCGAUUGGGAAGGAGCUGGCUAUAAUGUUAACAUUGCAUUGAAUGAGACUGGUUGUGGAGACGCUGACUAUAUGGCUAUUUUUUGGAACGUUCUAUGGCCACUUGCUCAAGAGUUUAACCCAGAUUUUGUCAUUGUUUCUGCAGGUUUUGAUAGUUGUUCUGGUGAUCCAUUGGGAGAAAUGAGAUUGUCUCCGGAUGCUUACUCACAUAUCAUCUACCACUUGAGCGGACUGGCUCAUGGAAAAUUGCUGUUAAUACUCGAGGGAGGUUACAAUCACAAUGUUCAAUCUGUUGGCGUUCAUAGAUGUUUGCGUAUUCUCUGUGGAUACAAACCGUUGCCGAUAACGUUACUAGAGACUCCGAAAGCAAGUACCGUGGUGUCCUGCCUCAACUGCAUCUCCGCUUUAAGAGGAUACUGGAAUUGCUUCGACUUUUAUAUCAAAGCCAAUUCUAAACGCAGAUCCUGGAAAGUGCACAAUCCUUUCGCCUCUUUCAAUCCUCCUAAUGAAAACGAAAAAGAAAACACCAGAGACAUUGUGCAAAAAGAUCUUCUCAAGCAUACUCAGCCAUUUAUAACAACGACCAGGUCGAAGAUGUUGCUUGUCCAUAAUGGUGACUCUUCAAAACAUUUCAAUUCUAUUGAGCAGGAACACCCUGAACAGCCGGCAAGGACAGCAAAGAUUAUGGCACACUUGGAAAGCUGUGGACUCACUUCGAAAUGCGAGGUCAUACUAAAUGAUCGCAUCGUAAUAGAUUCCGAGCUGGAAUCUGUCCACGAAAGGCCAUAUAUUCAGAAGAUGAAGCGUUGUGCUGAGAUGACUGACUCCGAGCUGCGAAUAACAGAAGAUGGACUGAAUUCGAUCUACCUUACUCGUGACACAUUCCAUAUAGCGAGUAGAAGUGCUGGCGCGACACUUGAGAUAACUGUAAUUCUGAAAUCGGUGGAAUGGGGUUGGAAAGUGCCCGGAAGUACGCAAAGUAUGGCUGGCUUUGUGGUUUGGCUUCUGUUUCCUUUUCUGCUCAUUCAAACUUAA